CUUAAUCCAGGAUUAGGACACAGCGGCCCCCUUCCCAAACACAUAGCUAACAGCUGCCAGUACUGGGGUUUAUACACCAUCGGAAAACCCCCGCUCCGGCCCUCACCUUCGCUGCAAAUCUUACAUUCACCGAAAGUUCACAAAUGGCUUGCUCUCUAGUCUCCAAACGCCCUCUCAUCAUCCUCCGUAACUGCCUCAGCAAUUCCACAUGGGCAAGACGAAGUCCCCUUUAUUUGGAUGAUGCCGAUUCACAGUGUCAGUUUGGCAUCUUCCCGAGAAGAUUCAGUGCUGAAGCGCCCGCUUCCGAGCACAUGAAUCUGAUCAAGCAGUUGAGGGAGAGGACCAGUUCUCCAAUCAAGGAUGUCAAGGCGGCUCUCAUUGACUGCAAUUGGGACAUUGAGGCGGCUCAGAAAGAGCUGAGAAAAAGAGGGAAGGUUUUAGCUUCGAAAAUGUCGGCUCGAACUGCUGCUCAGGGUUUGCUUGCGCUGGCGCAGAAUGAGACUAAGGCUGCUGUUAUUGAGCUUAACUGUGAAACGGACUUUGUUGCGAGGAAUGAUAUAUUUCAGUACUUGGCCUCAUCUUUAGCAAAGCUGGCUUUGUCGGUUGAAAAUCCUUCUCUCAGUGCUGCUGGGGUUUCUCCUGUUGGCCCAGAGUAUUUGGAGGACUUGAAGAUGAAUUUUGAUCAUCCAAAAUUUAGUGGAGAAACAACAGUUCAAAAUGCAAUUAUAGAAGUGGCCGCAAUGAUGGGUGAGAAUGUAAGACUCAGAAGGGGUUUUCUGAUGUCUACAGAAAAUGGCAUUGUUUCUACCUAUCUCCAUUCAUGUCCCCGACCAGGUUUGGGCCGCAUUGCUGGAGUGCUAUCUCUUGAAGCAGAGGACCGGCCCUCUUCAUCAGAUGCUCUCCAGCGUGUUGGAUCAGAAUUGGCAAUGCAUGUAGUAGCAGCAAAACCAUUAUUUUUAACAAGGGAACUUGUUUCUUCUGAAGCCAUGGAGAGUGAACGUGAAAUUCUCAAGUCACAGGCAGAAUCUACAGGGAAGUCUCAGCUGGCCAUAGAGAAAAUGGUAGAAGGUCGUCUGAAAAAAUAUGUGGAGGAAGUAGUUCUGAUGGAGCAAAAGUUUGUUGUAAAUGAUUCUAUUAAUGUAAAGACAGUAUUGAAUAAUCUAUCAAAGGAAGUGGGGUCAUCUGUGAAGAUUGGGAGUUUCUUCAGAAUGGAAGUUGGAGAAGGAAUUCAGAGGGAAGGAACAUCCAGUUCAUCUGAACCUGUGGCUCAGGCUGCUUAAUUGAGAUACCCUGUUGUGCGGUCUGGCGAAAUUUCCUGACCAGAGUUUAGUUUCAAAGAUUUUGCUCCACAGCUCAGACCAUUGCGCUCUACUUGUUUGAUUCUAAAAAUGUUUUUCCACAUAGGCAUGAUAAUUACUUACACUGCAAUGCAUAAACCAAAGCUGCCUAGAAAACCUGAUGGUUUAAGGCUUUUUGAAUAGUUUUGGAGUUAUUAAAAUGCUACCUACAUUCCCUGACGACACUAGUAUCAAUUUUUUUGCUGACAAAAACAAUAAUAUGUUACAGUCUUCGCGUUU